CUUGAGAAGUGUCAUUGCUAAAAAAUUGAGAUAGUUAGUGCAAUCAGCCUGAAGGUGGUGAUUAUCAGACUCCUUGAAGCUAACGUCGAAUGAAGGAAAAUAGGUACACAGGGACCUUGUUAUCGUUGAUGCAGGAGUGUAUCUAGGUGGACUCUGAUCUGGACACGAAGAUCGAUUCAGUCUAAGAAACUUGCUCGACCAGAACAGAGCUAUAUUCUAGUUUGAAGACAGGCUUAAACAUUGCAAGUAAGGCAUAAUGGCUGCCCGGGAUAAAGCUACCAAUCAACUGGAGGAUUACCGCAAAUCCGUCGCGAAUGGUGGCCUUCUGACUACGAGCACCGGAGCUCCCAUUGCCGACAAGUUGAAUUCAUUGACGAUUGGGGAGAAGGGACCAAUCCUGAUCCAAGAUGCGGUUUACAUUGACGAGAUUUCUCAUUUUGAUCGAGAGAGAAUUCCUGAACGAGUGGUCCACGCCAAAGGAGCUGGAGCCUUUGGAUACUUUGAAGUCACCAAUGAUAUCUCUCAAUAUUGCAAGGCAAAGAUGUUCAGUGAAAUUGGCAAGCGGACGCCCAUGGUGGCUCGUUUCAGCACGGUGGGAGGUGAGAGCGGGUCGGCCGACACCGCUCGUGAUCCUCGAGGUUUUGCCUUGAAGUUCUAUACCGAGGAGGGUAACUGGGAUUUGGUGGGCAAUAAUACUCCCAUCUUCUUCAUCCGUGACCCCAUUCUCUUCCCGAGCUUUAUCCACACCCAAAAAAGGAAUCCAGCCACCCAUUUGAAGGACCCAGACGCAUUUUGGGAUUUCAUUACGCUCCGCCCCGAAACCACACAUCAAGUGUGUUUUCUCUUUUCCGACCGUGGUACCCCCGUGGGUUACCGGUUCAUGAAUGGAUACGGAUCCCACACGUUCAAAAUGGUGAAUGAGAACGGAGAUCCAAUUUACUGCAAAUUCCACUUGAAGACCGACCAAGGGAUUAAGAACUUUGACCGUCAUCAGGCCGAUGAUUUGACCCGCGAUGAUCCGGACUUUUCCAUCCGCGAUCUUUACAAUUCCAUUGCCGAGGGCAACCAUCCCUCGUGGACCAUGCAUAUUCAAGUGAUGACUUUUGAGCAGGCCGAGAAGUUCAAGUUCAACCCAUUCGACUUAACCAAGGUUUGGCCUCACUCCGAAUAUCCUCUUAUGAAGGUUGGCAAGUUCGUGUUGAACAGAAACCCCAAGAACUACUUUGCUGAGAUCGAGCAAUCAGCCUUCAGCCCAGCCUCUUUGGUCCCCGGAAUUGAACCCAGUCCCGACAAGAUGCUCCAGGGACGUCUGUACUCAUACGACGAUACCCAUCGUCAUCGAUUGGGAGCCAACUUUAUGCAAAUCCCGGUCAAUUGCCCAUUCAGGACUAGAGUGGCCAAUUAUCAACGAGAUGGUCCCAUGACCAUGGACGCAAACCAAGGUGAUGCUCCAAACUAUUUCCCGAAUUCAUUUUCGGGUCCCAAGGAGGACAAACAAUUCAGCGAGAAAUCCUUCAAGGUCGAAGGUGAUGUGGACCGACAUUCCUGGAGCGAGGCCGAUUGUUAUCCCCAAGUGACCGAUUUUUGGAGCAAGACGCUUAACUCCGAGGAGCGUACGAGAUUGGUCGAUAACAUUGCUUCCCAUUUGUGUAACGCCCAACCCUUCCUUCAGGAAAGAGCCGUGAACCAAUUCGGAAAAGUCCACCCCGACUUCAAGAAAAUGCUGCAAGAGAAGUUGCCCAAAUAUAACAAACAAUCGAAGGCUCCAUUGAGCCAUUUGUAAAGGACUCUUUGGCGAUAUUGGUGGUAGUAAAACUUUUAUUUGCGAUGCCCACAGGGUUGUAUAAAAUAUACAUUCAUAUUAACACGUG